CUCUACACAACCUACCGCAAUGGAAGACCUUACUUCAGAAGCAAAGCAAGCCCUCUGUGAGGCCAAUCUUGUCCGCCCCUCGAAGCAGCCGUCGAAACGGAGUGUCUCUGGUCAACUAUUUACACCACCUCCCAGUAGUAGUAGUGAUAGAUCAGACACCUCCUAUACUACAUCGAUUUCCUUCCACGCCUAUAACAGGCUCGGUAUUGAUCGAUGGUUUGACUUCCCCACAUCCUGCAAGAGUGUGGCCGCUCUGGAGCACAUCGGUUUCACUACCAGCUCUGCCCAGGCCAUUCUCGAGCGCUACCAAUCCAGGCCCGACGACAAUCCAGACACUUUACUGGAUUAUGCAUGCGGUCACAUCAAACGUCCUGAUCUCCCCAGCGAUCCUCCCCAGAUGAUGAUUUUAGUCGGCAUCUGGCCAGGUAUUCAUGAUGCAAUUCUUAAUCCCGAAUUCUUCCAUAAGGAAAUCUUUUGGUCCCAAUCUGUGGAAUUAUGGGUUGAAGACACGAUUCGCAUCAACCUUCUGACGCUGGAGAAACUCAACACGGACUUGGAAGAACAUGCGAUUUCAUCAGACGAUGAACCAGCAACCUAAUCGUCGCUCAAUACAAUCUACUGGAGUCGGAUGGAAUGAGUUUGAUUGGAAACCGAUCAGCAGAUAGUAAGUCCCAGGUAAUCAGCUACGUACCUAGUUCUCAUCUGAAUCUUGCUCGAUGAUACGGUGGUGUAACCGGAUAAGAUGAAGUUAUUCGGAGCCCAG